AUGUCUAUAUUCUUCGAUUUCGACGUAGGGCCGACUGGUAGAAGAUUUCGAAGGGCGGUGGAAGAAGACAAAUAUGAUAUUGAGAAGUUUUGUGAUCGGACGCUAACGGAACCACUUUUUGGAGAUGCUAACAUUGGCGCUUUGAUUGAACUAUCCACACUAGCCAUCUGCAUGAUCAACGCGGAUAAGGAAGUAGCUGGGUUCAUGGCGUUCAACGACCAUCCCGUCCAGGUGGCCAUAGAGGCGUCUGAUUGGGAAAUGUGGGUUAGGAACAUGUUCCAUCGUUUCUACCUAUCCCGGAAUACCUUCUUCAUCCACUUCAUGUGCUGUGCGGAUGGAGUCAUAGAUUACUUCGUGCAUGAAGCCCUGACCUCCGUCUUCGUCAAUGACGCUUAUCUGAAGAAUAUUUUGCUACUUGUGACCAAGGGCUGUCCGAAAGAGUCCUACGCCAAAUACAACGUGUUCAGAAACAACAUCACGUACAAAUUUAACGCUAAAUGCAUUACUGACGACAAUCUAGGAAUCUUUAUGUUCGCGGCGCAGAGUCAAGACUUUUGCCCCCAACUUAAACUGCGAAGGGCUGUUGAGGAAGACAAUGACGAAAUAGUGGAAAUUCUAGACAAGAAAUGCAGAAAAUUGAAAGAGCUUUAUGGCGACUAUUAUAUUGCUGAGUUGGUUGGCCAUCACCCAGAUACUAAAAGACGAAUCAUAGUUGCCGAGCAAAAAGACAGAUCUGUAGCGGGUGUGAUGUGCCUCAACUCUGAAAUUAACUAUGAGAAACUACAGAAGAAUUAUGACCUCAAACCUUUUUAUGGUCUGACGAAGACCACGCCACUAGAACGAGAGAAUAUGAAAAGAAGUAACAAACUGCUUAGCACAUUUGGAGAACCAGUCAUGUGCGGAAAAUGGAGCCCAUUUAGUCGCAUGGUCAAAUUGAAAACUGUUCCACAAGACAUAAGACAAAAGAAAAAAGAAGUUAAACCUAAAAGUAGUCGUGUUAACUUCGUUCGAGCGAUGAACCGUGCUAGCGUAGACGAUCGAAAGUCCUCAGACGCCAGUUCCAAAUUCGCCAUAGCGUCGACUAUAUCCGUUCAGUCCCAAAUGACAGCCGCGUCUAUAAUGGCCAUGUUGGACGAAGAGCCACUCGACUAUGAAAUCGUCAAUAUCGAUGAAGGAUUACUUGUAAUUCCUGAAGAAUUUCCGUUAGAUGAAGUGAAUGAGUCUGAAGUAAAAAACACGUCACUGGCUGAGACAUCUUCAAAAAAUGAGAAAAGUCCCGAAAAUAAAACUGAAGCGAUAUCAAAGAAACAAUUUCAAAAUCGAGAAAAGAAAAAAGGUAUAUUAGCCAAAGGUGGGGUGACCGUCAAGCGAGCUCCUUUUCCAGUCUUGUAUUACGGACAACCCAACGCUUUUAUGAUAGAGUUGUUUGGACUCAGAGACGGCGUACACGAGAGGCAUGCUUUUGACUUAUUGGAAGCCGCCUUCGAAGUGAUGAAGGAUUACGACUAUUGUAUCAUCGAGAUACCUUUAGAAGAGCCGGCAUUUUCUUUGUUGCAACAUUUUUGUUACGUGCCGACAAGGGGUGAUGUUUGUACUGAUACAGCUUUGUAUGUGGCACAUAGAAAUGCAAUUUUUGGAAAAAUCCGAGUACGCGAGGCGGAAAUGGCGGACAUGCCACAGAUAUCUCAAGUGAUGCACGACGUGGAGGGCAAAGACACGAUCUGGACCGUUGAGAACACGCUGAUGAAAGGCAAGGAGAACCGCGUGUUCGUCAUGAUGUGCGGCCACAGGGUCGUGGGCUUUGGGAUCGUUGAGCCUCCAGAACAAAUCGACUUCAUCCGAACGAAGUUCCUUCUAGAGACUUACCACAUUCACAAGUACCACACCAACAAAGAAGUGGAAUGUGGCUUCGCAACUCUGAAGACUGCGAUGGUGUACCGCGUGUUUGAGCAGCAUUACAGGUUCUUUGCCAGGGAUAUGAUGAGGCUGUCUGGAAGUAACACCCUGCUUUGGUUGACUGGGUAUAGGAACAAAUGGAUGGCAUACAAGGCAAACAUCUUGGCAUCACUCAUGAUACCGCUAAUGCCAAGGAAAAAUGAGAUUGAUUACUUAGAAACAACAGAACUGAAGAGGAUUGCUGCGUUGAGCAAGAAUAUAAUUGGUUUCACGACGUGGUUUCUAAGCAAAAAGUAUUGUAGCAUUCCUAUGCUAAACGUGAACGCAAGAAUAGUCGUGGUAGGCGCCUCUAGAACUGCACUGGCUUUUAUAGAUAAAUUGUUGUUCAGUGAAUCCUGCGCAUACUUGUCAUUCAACAAUGUGUAUCUAAUAUCCCCGUCGGCCAUACCCCACAUGCCGAAAAGGUGUAGUUCUACAGAUCACAUGUUUAAUAAAUACAGCACCAGCUCAGAUAAAUAUAUAAGAAGUGUGCCUUACACUUAUUAUGUGAAUACCGUCCGUGGCACUCUUGUGGGAAUUGACAAGCAACACAAAUUUGUAACUGUAUCUAACGGUGGCAGGAUAUACUAUGACUAUCUCUGUCUUAUGUUCGGAAAGCAGUACCAGCCGCCUGAUUAUUUCGAAAAGGUUUUGGAAAACGAACGCCGACAAAUUCAUGGUGAACCUUGCAAAUACAAACGCUUAGACGUCCCGAACUUAACCGAAGAGGUUCGGAUGACUUCGGAAUACCUACCGGAGAAUGUGUUUGUGGUGAACUCUUACGUGGAAUCUUCUAGAGCCAUCAACUAUGUCUUUAGGUUCACUUUGGCCAAUGAUAAUUAUACGAACUACGAUUACAAAAUUAUAGUAUACGGAGCGACUAUACACGCAUAUUGCUGUCUAACUGCGCUUAUAGAAAUCAAUGUUCCUACUGAAAAUAUUAUAUUUGUGGAGCCCUUCCCGCCAGAAGACGAACGGGAGACCAGGGUAUCAAUAUUCUGUAACCAAUAUGUAGACCAAACAAUUCAAGAGGUACUUACCAAUCUUAACAUCACAGUAUACCGUUCAUACUAUUUCUUGGACUGGACUGUGGAUGGAAACAACUUGGUCAGUCAUGUGCAGUUCCUCUCGCAUUUCAAGAGGAUCAGCCUCCAAUGUUCUGCGUUCUUCUAUUAUGGAAAGAAGGGCAUCAAUCCUCAAGCGUUUGUAGCUAUCAACAAAAGUGGUAUUGCGUACAAUGAUGGGAUUCUAAUCGACCACGAGUUUCGUACUAAGAACCCUAGCGUGUACGCCGCCGGCCCGGCCACCAGGUACUAUGGGAAGUACUUCGCUGAUGACAGACAACACAAGUAUUAUGAUUCUUACGAGAUCGGUGCUAAGCUUGGCGAAAUAAUAAGAAACAAACUUGAUCCAUUAUUCAAGCCAAAAGAGCAUAAGAAGAGUUCAUCUUAAAAAAUAUAUGUAACUCUCAAAAAAGCCACUCUUAAACCUAUUGCGUUACACAAAAAUAUAUCGAUCCCAAGGGAAGAAGAUACAUCCAUUGGAGACAUACCCUCGCUGAAGAAGCCUGUGGUGACCUGCUGCAUGCUCCCUGGCGGUCUGCAGUUCCUGGACGUGCGGUCUCCGGGCAAAAAGUGCCCGCACUAUUACGUACAUUCUCUGCAUUACAACGGAUACGUAUUAGAGACAUACAAGAAAGGCUACUUCAAACUCCACCUGGAUAUGAACUUGGUGGUCGACGGCGUAACCUGUCUCAGUCCUGUUACAUACUCGUUGGAGAACUUUAAGAAUCUAUAUGGAAAACCUACCAAUGUCUUGAACAAUGUUUAUGUGAAAUUUGUUACGAAACGAAUUGACGACUUUUACGAUUAUUUCCGUCAGCCGUGGGCGCAGUUCCUAUACAUAGACCAUGUUGAUGAGCUGUUCGCGAUGGUGAAAGAACUUAAUCCAAAAAAAACAAAAGACGCCGAUCCAAAUGACAAUCUGAACAUCAUAGGAGAACCAAAGGAGCCAAUAUUGCCACGUCCUCAGAUCGCAUCAGCAAAAAGUCGUAUAUUCGACAAAAUCCGACCAGACUAUCAGCACUCAGCCAACAUCGACGCCAUUAUAGAUUACGUAUUCGAAUGGAUAGAUCAACACGAUAUCUUGCUGCCCAUGUAUUUGCAUCCGUCGAGACGACAGCUUUUCAUGGGGGACAUUUAUUCCCAUCCGGCGUUCUAUAAGAAGAGGACUAGUGUAACAAAGUUGAUGGAAAUGAUAUUGUACUGA